UCCCAUCAAACAUGGCACACAAUUCAUACGGCCUCGCAGGNGCUGAAUCUUCAGCAAAUCCGCUUCGCUUCGAUGGCCAAACAGUCGUUGUCACUGGUGCUGGCGGUGGCCUCGGCAAGGCAUAUGCUCUGUUCUUUGCUUCUCGCGGUGCCGACGUCGUUGUGAACGACCUCGGUGGCUCUUUCAAGGGUGAGGGCAAGUCAUCAAAGGUCAACGUAGUGGUCGAGGAGAUCAAGGCAGCUGGAGGCAAGGCCGUCGCCAACUACGAUUCGGUCGAGGAUGGCGACAAGAUCAUCGACACGGCCAUCAAGGCCUUUGGCAGAAUCGACGUCCUAAUCAACAAUGCUGGCAUUCUUAGAGAUAUCAGCUUCAAGAAUAUGAAGGAUGAUGAUUGGGAUUUGAUCAUGAAGGUCCACGUCAGAGGUGCAUACAAGUGUGCCAGAGCAGCGUGGCCGCAUUUCAGAAAGCAAAAGUAUGGCAGAGUCAUCAACACAGCAUCCGCAGCUGGUCUGUUCGGUAGCUUUGGCCAGACCAACUAUUCUGUCCANGCCGCCAAACUCGCACAGGUCGGUUUCACAGAGACACUUGCAAAGGAGGGUCUCAAGUACAACAUCCUCGCCAACGUCAUUGCCCCGAUCGCCGCAUCCAGAAUGACACAAACAGUUAUGCCUCCGGAUGUUCUCGAGAACCUCAAGCCCGAUUGGGUCGUCCCCUUGGUUGCAGUCCUUGUACACCCUUCAAACACAGAAGAGACGGGAAGCAUUUUCGAGUGCGGUGGUGGUCACAUUGCAAAGCUCCGCUGGGAGAGAGCCAAGGGUGCUUUGCUGCGUGCAGACGACAGCUACACUCCCGGUGCUUUGCUCACCAAGUGGGAUGGCGUCAACGACUUCAGCGAGCCCAGCUACCCUACCGGAGUUGCAAACUUCAUGGAGCUGCUCGAGGACGCCCAAAAGCUACCAGCAAACCCUCCAUCCAAGAACCCUGAUUUCAAGGGCAAGGUCGCCCUUGUCACCGGUGGCGGUGCUGGUCUCGGUCGUAUUUACUGCUUGCAGUUUGCCAAGUACGGUGCAAAGGUCGUUGUCAACGACUUGAUGAACCCCGAUGAUGUUGUGCAGGAGAUCCAGAAGCUCGGUGGUGAGGCCGUCGGUGUCAAGGCUUCGGCAGAAGACGGUGACGCAGUCGUCAAGGCCGCCAUUGACGCUUAUGGCCGCAUUGAUAUCAUUGUCAACAACGCUGGCAUCCUCCGUGACAAGGCCUUUGCCAACAUGGACGACAAGCAGUUCGACCAGGUUCUGGAUGUUCACUUGAGGGGUACCUAUAAGGUCACCAAGGCUGCAUGGCCUUACUUCUUGAAGCAAAAGUACGGCAGAGUUGUCAACACUACCAGCACCAGUGGUAUCUACGGCAACUUCGGUCAAGCCAACUACGCUGCCGCCAAGUGUGGCAUCCUCGGUUUCUCCAGAGCUCUUGCUAGAGAAGGUCAGAAGUACAAUAUUCUGGUCAACACCAUUGCACCAAACGCUGGUACGAACAUGACCCGUACUAUUAUGCCUGAAGAGAUGGUCCAGGCCUUCAAGCCUGACUACGUCGCCCCUCUCGUCGUGCUUCUCAGCUCCGACAUGGUGCCCAAGCCCGGUACUGGUGGUCUGUACGAAGUCGGUUCCGGUUGGGCUGCACAGACUCGCUGGCAGCGAACCGGUGGACACGGCUUCCCUGUUGAUGUCAAGCUGACUCCUGAACAUGUCCUUGGGCAGUGGAAGAGAAUUACCGACUUCAGCGACGGUCGUGCUGACCACCCUGCUGAUGGCAACGAUGGCUUGAAGUCGAUCAUGGCCAACAUGCAGAACAGAAGCUCUGAAUCCAAGCCUGCCAAGCAGGAGGGUGGAAACAAUGGUGAAUUCCUUGCAAACAUCGAGAAGGCCAAGAAGGCUACUGCUCAAGGUACUGAGUUCAAGUACGACGAGAGAGAUGUCAUCCUCUACAACCUUGGUCUUGGAGCCAAGCGUACCGACUUACCUCUCGUUUACGAAGGUGACGACAACUUCCAGGUCAUCCCCACCUUUGGUGUGAUUCCUCCUUUCAACGCAUCUCCUCCCUUCUCCUUCGAUGAGAUCGUACCCAAUUUCUCGCCCAACAUGCUUCUCCACGGAGAGCAGUUCCUCGAGAUCAAGACAUUCCCCAUCCCUACUGAGGCCACUUUGGUAGCCUACCCCAAGCUGGUUGAGGUUGUUGACAAGGGCAACGCUGGCGUCGUGACAUACGGUUCCAUGACCAAGGACAAGAACACAGGCAAGGAGUUGUUCUACAACGAAUCGACUGUCUUCAUCCGCGGUUCAGGUGGCUUCGGUGGCCCUAAGAAGGGUACCGACAGAGGCGCCGCGACCCGUAUUUACAAGGCUCCCGAGCGCAAGCCUGACGCCGUGGUUGAAGAGAAGACCAGCGAAGACCAAGCCGCCAUCUACCGUUUGUCUGGUGACCGCAACCCAUUGCACAUUGACCCCGAGUUCUCCAAGGUCGGUGGCUUCAAGACUCCCAUUCUCCACGGUCUCUGCUUCUUCGGCUUUGCUGGCAAGGCUGUGCUGCAGACAUAUGGCGAGUUCAAGAACGUCAAGGUCAGAUUUGCCGGUGUUGUCCUGCCUGGACAGACCCUCAUCACCGAGAUGUGGAAGGAAGGCAACGUUGUCGUAUUCCAGACAAAGGUCAAGGAAACCGGCAAGCUUUGCAUUUCUGGAGCCGGUGCCGAGUUGCGCAAUGCGACGCCAAAGAGCAAGUUG